UCCAAGCUCGCAGUGCACUUAUUUCCGAGCUCCCCACUGUCCCCAAUCCACCACCUUCACUCUCCAUAAACAAUCCGAAUAAUCAAGUCGAGGCCAAGAGAGAGAGAUUCCGUCUGAGACGAGCAAGAAAAAACAAGAAGCGGUCACAGGCCUCACUCCCCUCGCAUCUCACAUGCGCCGCAAGAAGCACUCGGACCGGGGCGGCGGCGGCGGAGGCGGAGGCACCGAGCUCUUCAUCUGCUUCACCUCCCGUCCCUCCACCGCAUCCUCCGGCCUCCGCCCCUCCGCAUCCUCCAAGGCCUUCAGCCCCGGCCGCGGCGGCGGCGAGACGGCGCCGCCGGCGCUGCGCCCGUCGCUCAGCCGCCGGCUGCGCAACAGCGGCCCCCUCAAGGGGGGCCAGUCGCCCAUGUUCCCGCCGGGGACCACGGCCGCGUCCGGGGGCCGCCGCGGCAGGGCCGGGAUGGAGCCCGCCGAGCCCUCCUCGCCAAAGGUCACCUGCAUCGGCCAGGUCCGGGUCAAGGGCGGCAAGCGCAAGCCCAAGCACGCCUCCGCCGCCGCGCUGCGCUCGCGCUCCCGCCGCGGUGUCGGCGGCGGCGGGCUUGGGUCCGAGUCCAGCUUCCGCCGCGGGGGCGUGGACGACCGGGACGGCCCGGGCGCCAAGAACCCCAACCAGGGCGGCUGGGUCUACCAGAUCCCGGUCAACAUCUGCGAGGCGCUCAAGACCUUCGGCUCCUGCGGCGGCCGCUCCCUCUGCUCGCCCUCCCGCGACCGCCCGCGCUCCGCCGCCGCCGACAAGAAGCGCCGCCGCGCCCCGGCCGCCGGGAGCUGGCUCUGCGGCGCCGCCAUGGCCAGGUGCCUCCUGGCCAUCCAGGAGGAGGAGGAGGACGUCGGGAAGGGCUCCGCCGUCGGCCCGGCGGACGACGCCAGGGGCUCGGAGGUGGGCCUCGUGAUGCAGGGGUGGGACGUGGAGGACGAGGACGAGGAGUUUGUCGACGACAUGGGCGUGGUUGUCGGCGAGGUGGAGGUGGAGAAGGAAGAUGAGAUCUUGCUGGUGGGAGGCAAGGAGGAGGAGGGGAGGGUCAGCGUCUGCAUCCCUCCCAGGAACGCCCUCCUGCUCAUGCGCUGCAGAUCCGACCCGGUGCGCAUGGCCGCUCUCGCCACGCGCUUCUGGGGCUCCCCUGCCGCCGCCAAUGUCGGCCAGGUGGUUGACAAUCAAGGGGACAACGGCGACCACAAACAAGAGGAAGAGCAAGACCAUCGCAAUGUAGACAAGGAAUGUGAAGAAGAAGAAGCAGCAGCUCGUAAUUCGACGGUUUCUGUCGAUGACGCGCUGUGCCGAGAGUGUGGUGUCCUUGAAGAUGGUGGUGGUGAGGCAGGGGAUGCAGGUCAGGUGGAGACAGAAGCUGAACAGAGCUCUGAACAUGUAGAUUUGGAGAAAGAAGAGAAUGAUGGAGGGAACGAAGAGGAAGAUGUUGGUGAGCCUGCUGUGGAGGUGCAAAUUGUUCGCAAAGAUGUAGGUUUGGAGGUUGGUUCAACAGGGGAAGCUGCUAAUAAGAGUGAAAGCCAGGCCCCAGGGAUGGUGGAGGUUGCGGCAGACGCUAAGGAGGUCGCCGAUGUUCCAAGACCGGAGAAAGAGGAGGAAGAAGUGAAGGGGAGGAGGUCAGUUAGCAGCUGCUCCCCAUCAACAGCACUCAAGGAGGACCGCAAGUUGCGACGGUUGGGCAGUAAGAAGCGUGUUUCUAGCAGCAGCAGGGCCUCUUCGAGCAGUGAUCGCGUAGACAGGCGACAUAGCUUCUCAGCCGAAAUGGAGGCACGGCGAUCGAGCUUCUCGAGCGUAAAGGAUUCAAGGAGGGCAAGCUUCUCCAUUGAUAGGGAUGGAAGGAGGUGGAGCUUCACGAUUGAGCAGGAGCAUCUUGUCGCGGAACCCAAGGUUCUUAUGGCAUCCAGGAAGGGGAAGAAAAAUUCUUCCGAGCCAGAGUCAGAGAAAGAUUGUGCCGUUCUUGUUGUUGCACCAAACAGUGUAGAGGAGGCUCAAGAAUCCCAUGAUGAUGGGAAGGAAGAAGCAGCAAAGGAUGGUGAGGAAGAAGGAACAACACAAGGUGCAGAAGUUAGCACAGAAGUCGAGAAGGUAGAAACAAUAGUCGAUGAGAAAGAAGCUGUGGAAGUAAAGCAUGAUCGGAGGAAGAAGAGCGGCGAGUUGCCAGAUUGCCUCCUCAUGAUGAUGUGUGAGCCUAAGCUCUCCAUGGAGGUCUCCAAGGAGACAUGGGUCUGCAGCACCGAUUUCGUCCAUUGGAAGUCUCACCAGGGCCAGAAUCGUCGCCAGCAGAAGGCUGCUGCUACCGGUAGCAAUGCUGCUGCUUCGGAGGAGAAUAAGGAUGCGGACAAUGCUGAGGAGACGAGCGUUGUGAAGGACACAGAAGAGAGCAAAGCGCCAGCACCGUUGAGAUCCACAUCUAUGCCACCACCCCAGGUUGUUGUCCAGAAACCACCACCCAAACCAGCCGCGGAGAAGAAGCUUAAGCUAGAGCCGCCGAUGGUUGCCAGUGUGGCGGUGGCUUACGCACCACUCGUCCUGAAGCGCUGCAAGUCAGAGCCGUUGCGGUCAUCCGCGCGGCUGGCGCCCGACGCGUGCUUCUGGAAGGACCGGCAUCGGCCCCUCAAUGCCACCGGAAUCGGCUUCUGAUUCCGGAGAAAACUGGAACCGCUGGUAUGCCUGGGUUUAGCUAGUUUAGCCAAUCGCAAGUUUUAUGUAUUGUGUAACCGUAGUGAGCUUUGUUAUGUAAUUGUAGUGAGCUUGUUUAUCUUCAUGCUUGGUGCUGUUAUGUGGUGUGGACAAGGACAGGGAAUACUAAGUUGCUACAUCAGAUAGAUUAGGGAGGAGUACAUGUAAAUCUCUUGGGCUUGCUUUGUUCGGUGUGCUAAAGUCCUUUUUCCACUUA